AUGCCCGCCGUACCAAAGUCCCCCACACAGUCUAGGCGGUCCGGAGCGCCCAAAGCUAAAGGCGCUGUACGCGCCAAGUCGGGUUGUUACACGUGCAGAAUCCGCCGGAAGAAAUGCGACGAGCAGCCCAACACAGACGGCAGCUGCCAAACUUGUGUUCGUCUUCGUCUACAAUGUCUCGGUUUCGGCGCAAAGCGGCCAGAGUGGUUGCGUGCAAACGACAAGGUCGUCGACCUACGGGAAAAAAUUAAAAAUUUUCUUGCCGCACAAGGAAUGAUUAAGGGGCAUUCUGGUGCUGGGCCCCGUCCCAAUGACCAGGAACCUUCUAUUCUAUCGCUUUCGGCGGACUAUGCUUCCCCGAGUACGAGUCCGCAGACCCCGACGUUGUCGAUCUCGAGUGACGAGCGACACCCGGGUAUAGCACGUAAUGAUUAUCUUCGGGGGGACACUGAUGCUCGACUUCCGGUGAUGCAGGACAUUGAUUCACCAUUGGACGCUCGGGAAAAUUAUCCUGGGGUUAUGCUGCCUGCGUAUCCUUCCCCUACUUAUACGACUAGCUUAGAACCAUCAUGUAAGACCCCCGACUUCUCUGCAACGUACCAUGCAUCCUUCUUGGUCGAAGACGAUUAUAACGCCAUACCCUCUGGAUAUCUCUUGCCCCAAUCCGUUAACUACAACAACACCAUGCAUCACAACUGGGUUAACCUGAACAUGCACCAAAACUCAUCAUUACAACACUAUAUGCAACAUGUUAUCCGUAUCCAGUAUGCUCAUGCCGAUGGGUCCAUCGGUGAACUCGUAUGGAAACUCAUACAUUCCAGUGAUUCAGCCCGUGAGGCUGCAUGUUUACUUGCGGAUUUGCACCGCAAGAGCACCCAAGGUGCAAUUGGUUUCACCGCACCCACAGAUCAUGACGUGUAUACACGCAUCCAAAGGGCGCCAGUGACGGAAGGAGACGCUCUUGCAAGCCUUUGCAUGGUCUCCUAUUUCCUCUUCUCUGGGGGACAAGGGCAGUGGCAGGCGUUCCUCGACAGCGCUUGCGAAUUUUCAAUUAAAGUUCUCCAGCGGAAACAUGCUGCGCCAGACUGGGCACUUAAAUCAUGCAGUGACAGUAUGCAGUUUAUCAUCAAGACGUCCAUGUGGUUCGAUGUCCUCGCGUCUGCGACGCUGAUCCGUCGUCCCAAGUUCCUUGAAGUGCUCCGUUCGCUCUAUGGUCGGGCCACCACAACCGUUAAUGAUAGCAGACCGGAGCUUUCCAUGAUGGGCGUCAUGGGAUGCGAGAACCGGAUCGUCCUCGCCCUCGCUGAAAUUGCUGAUCUCGCAUGCUGGAAGGAUGAGUGCAGACGUGCAGGUAGACUCAGCGUUCCUGAGCUCGUCAGGCGCGGACACGAUAUCGAAACCAUCCUGAAAUCUACCAAUGACCCUGAUCACUACAACUUUGACACAGAACAGUCACGCCGACGGAGCCUCACGUCUGACGUAUUCCGCGCGUCUGCCCUCGUCUAUCUCCAUUCCGUCAUCUCUGGGGAUCACCCCCAAUGUCCAGAGAUCAUGUCCCACAUCGCGGAAACAGUCGAGUGUCUCAGGCGUGCUGAAGACAUCAGCACAGCACGUCAUGUUGUACGCAGCGUCGUGUUCAGCAUAUGCAUAUGUGGCUGCCUGACGGAUGUCCCCCAAUAUCGCAGUUACUUCCUGCGGCGCCUGCAUGAGCAGCAGACGGAGACGGUGGGGAACUGUACUCGGGUCGCUCAACUUAUGAGAGAAGUGUGGAACAGCCGAGAACGAGGAGAGCCCGUGGACUGGCGUGUCGUCAUGCAACAAUCCCAGAUGCUUCUUGUCUAA